AUGUCCUCUAGGCGGGAAUCAGAUUUUGCGCGUCUAGAGCAGCUGCUUCGAGAAGCAGACGAGCGAGCAGAGCAGGAGCAAAGACGUGCAGAGAAAGCCGACGAAAGGGCAGAACAGGAGCGACAGCGUGCGGAGGACGAGCGACAGCGUGCGGAGGACGAGCUACGAAAUCGACAACAAGCCGACGAGCGCGCAGAACAGGAGCGACAGCGUGCAGAGGACGAGCUACGAAAUACUCAACAACAACCCUACUCCUUCAGAAUGUCCUCUAGGCGGGAAUCAGAUUUUGCGCGUCUAGAACAGCUGCUUCGAGAAGCAGACGAGCGCGCAGAACAGGAGCGACAGCGUGCAGAGGACGAGCUACGAAAUCGACAACAAGCCGACGAGCGCGCAGAACAGGAGCGACAG